UUUUUUCUCGUGGGCACGCGGAAAACGGGACGAGUGUCGCCAUCUGGUACGAAGCUCGCGCACCAACGACGACGGCACCGAUGUCGCGCCGCGGCCAACAAACAUGGCGUCUGCCAAGUAACAACGCUCCACGCCGUGUAACGAGUGCCUUACAGUUUUUAGGUUGAUGUUACCGCGUCGCAGCGCGUAUCGUCCCGCGUUCCGCGCCAGCGAGCUGUUUUCCACGUUUUUCUACGCGCGGAGGCGCAACCCCGUUCCUCCUCUCCCUGGGAGAGCCUCACGGCCGUGCGACAAAAGUGCGUGCAACUAGUGCAUCGCGACGGCGGCAGCGGCGGUGGCGACGGCGACGGUGGUUUCGCGACGGCGGUCAUCAUCGCGGUGAGUCACGGAGAGGACUUUCGUGUAUGCAUCUACGUGCGAACUAUAAUCCGUUAAUUAAAAGGUGGGACAACUGUCACGGGUUCGCAGGCAUCCAACCGCCAGUCGGACGCGAAAAAAGAGAGAGCCGACCGCGUCAGCAACCGAAUGAUUACCGGUCGCCGAUUUCACGUGAUCCGCUCUCUCGUUUCCGCGAAUCUGUUGUAUCGCACUGUUCCUUUCCUUCGGGUGACGACCGUUGCCCAAUUAUCUCGGGUUUUUUUUUUAACGUACGACCGCGAGCGACUCGAUAUCGCACGUCAACCGCGCGUCCGUGGGAAAGUUGGACGUUAUGUCAUAUCCGGAUUGUCGAGCAUUUUUUUACUUGUAUUUUCUUUACGUUAUUGGUUUUGAUAAUUGUAUUAAGAUAAAUCCGACGCGAUCGCCACUUGAGUUUCGUGUACUAAAAUUGUUUGGUUUGGAUUAUUAUACUUUCAGAAUAGGAGACCAUUGUGUUUCGAAAAUGCCUACACAGACGGCAGAGAAUGAUGACAUUCGAGUGAAAAUUAUAUAUAAUGGGGAGAUACAAAUCACGUACAUCACUCCCGGGAUUUCAGUGGACGCACUGCGCGAGGAGAUGCGAACGAUAUGCGGCUUCGGUACAGAGCAGUUCACGAUGAAGUGGGUGGACGACGAGGGCGACCCGUGCAGGAUCGCCUCGCAGCAGGAAUUGGAUGAGGCCCUGAGACUAUACGAGCUCGAGAAGGACACUGAAAUAACCAUACAUGUUUUCCCGAACGUACCGCCCGCUCCCGGGAUGCCGUGCCAGGGAGAAGACAGAAGCAUCUACAGACGUGGCGCUCGUAGAUGGAGGAAGCUCUACCGAGUGAAUGGCCAUAUUUUUCAAGCGAAACGAUUCAACCGGAGAGCCUUCUGCGCGUUCUGCCAGGAUCGGAUCUGGGGACUCGGGAGACAGGGAUUCAAGUGCAUCCAAUGCAAAUUGCUCGUGCACAAAAAAUGCCACAAGGUGGUGCGCAAGCCGUGCUUAAGCCUCCAGCAGCAGCAACAGCAGCAGCAGAGUUCAGAGUCGCAGACGAUCGACAGAAACGGCGACCAAGAUCUUGAUCCGUAUCCACGCGGUCCAGCAGCUCAUCUCGAGGAUGAGAUCACUGAAUCACCAAUCAUCGAGGAGCAUUCGCGUGAUCGAAUCGGACAUGAGGAAGGAGAAGAAUUGCCAUUGGACGCGUUGAAUGAGGGCGAUGCUUCGAACGACAUGCAACGACAGUACUCAUUGAACGACUUCGAGCUGAUCAGGGUGAUUGGUCGUGGUUCCUACGCGAAGGUUUUGAUGGUAGAGCUGAAGCGUACUAAGAGAAUCUAUGCCAUGAAGGUUAUCAAGAAAUCUCUAGUGACAGACGACGAAGACAUCGAUUGGGUGCAAACGGAGAAACAUGUUUUUGAGACGGCUUCAAAUCAUCCCUUUUUGGUGGGCCUGCAUUCCUGCUUUCAGACGCCUUCGCGGCUGUUCUUCGUGAUUGAAUUCGUGCGUGGUGGCGAUCUUAUGUUCCACAUGCAACGACAGCGCCGUCUUCCUGAGGACCACGCGCGAUUUUAUGUAGCUGAGAUCAGCCUGGCGUUAAAUUUCCUACAUGAAAAGGGUAUCAUAUAUAGAGAUUUGAAGCUAGACAAUGUACUGCUUGAUCAUGAAGGACAUGUUAAGCUUACAGAUUAUGGAAUGUGCAAAGAGGGCAUUCGAGAGGGCGAUAACACUGGUACCUUCUGCGGUACUCCUAAUUACAUUGCUCCUGAGAUUUUACGUGGCGAAGAAUAUAGUUUCUCAGUGGACUGGUGGGCUUUGGGGGUUUUGCUAUACGAGAUGUUGGCAGGUCGUAGUCCCUUCGAUCUCACUGGCGCAGCUGAAGAUCCGGACAAGAAUACAGAAGAUUUUUUGUUUCAAGUUAUUUUGGAGAAGACCAUACGUAUACCGCGAUCCUUAUCCGUUAAGGCUGCGUCUGUCCUUAAAGGAUUUCUUUGCAAGGAUCCCGCAGAGAGGCUAGGUUGUGGAAAGAGGCCUUCUGGUUUCCUCGACAUUGUCGCUCAUCCCUUUUUUAAAGCGAUCGAUUGGGAAAUGCUGGAACAGAAACAAGUUACGCCGCCCUACAAACCACGUUUAGAUUCGGAUCGCGAUCUUGCGAAUUUUCCGCCCGAAUUUACGGAUGAGGAAGUCCGUUUGACUCCGGAUGAUCCGAAACAAAUUGAGAAGAUUGAUCAGAGUGAAUUCGAUGGUUUUGAGUAUGUGAAUCCACUAUUGAUGUCAUUGGAGGACUGCGUGUGACAAGAGCCACUUUUUAUUGUGCCGCGUCACAAUCAAGAUCAGCAACA